UCGUCCAAAUAUUAAAUAAAUAAAUAAAAAAUCAAAGCCCCGGUUCACUGGUCGAUCGUCGAAUCAUCGAUCGAUCAUCGACUCAGAGAGAUAGAGAGAGAGAGAGAGAGAGAGAGAGAGAGAUGGGGCUUCAGUGGGCUCUGGUGGCCCACGGACUGAUCACCGCCGUGGUGGUGAUCUCCUUGCUCUGCGGGCAAUGGCCCAUAUUUCAAGGAACCUUGAUCGAGCGAAUCCACUACUUCAUCACCUACGGCGCCUACGAUUACUUCUUAAUGUCGGGUGCUCCAGCGAAGGAGUCUACGGGUUCCACCAAUAUCCCCGUACCCCCCGUGAAAGAUAGAAGGAACUCAGGAGACAUUGGUUGGGAGUUUGGAUUUUGUCCGGACCCAAAAAAUUUGAAUAUUGUGCAAUGCAAACUAUGUGGGCAUAAGCUAUUUUAUCUGGGCAUACUUGGUGUGACUUACGGUAUCAUUGUAAACUCAUCUUUCAGAUAUAUUCCUAAUUAUUAUGUUUGUGAAUCGCACAGAUACUUGAGCAUAUUAGCAAUCGGUGUGGGAAUUAUACUCUUUCUCUUGACUAGCUUCUCUGAUCCAGGAACUGUGAAUUCUGAAAAUGUAUCAAAUUACCUAUCUGCUUAUCCUUAUGAUAAGAUCAUAUAUGUGGAAAAGGAAUGUCGAACUUGCAAAAUUCCAAAACCCGCUAGGUCUAAGCAUUGCGGAAUUUGUGAUCGAUGCAUUGCCCGAUUUGACCACCAUUGUGGCUGGAUGAAUAAUUGCAUAGGAGAGAAAAACAUCCGAUACUUUAUGGCUUUUCUACUUUGGCACUUUUUGAUCUGUUUGUAUGGAGCAAUUGUCCUUGGCUUGAUUCUUGCUAGUCAGUUGAAAGAGCGAAACAUUAUUUACAUAUUAACGGUUUAUUAUGGCAUUGAAAAGUCAUUUUCUGGUUUAUUUCCACAUGUUGUGCAGUGGUUGCUGAGUUCACACAACACUCAACUACUUCUCAUUGUGUUUCUAUUCAUCAUCUCCUUGCUAUUGGUUGGCUUCUUUGGAUACCAUGCCCAUCUCUGCCUCACAAAUACAACUACAAACGAGACAUAUAAGUGGCAAGAGUACAUAAGCUGGAAGAGAAAGGUGAACGAAGCCAAAGCCAGCGCUGCUGCUGUUAGGGCGAGCAUAAAUGCAAUGAAUAGAGAAGCAAAAGCUCAAGAGAGCAAAUGGAGGUUAUUCUUCCGUAAGUCUCCACUGCAGAAUGUGGAGGUUGUCGUUAAAGAUAAUAUAUAUGACAGGGGCAUCUUCAGUAAUAUUUCUGAGAUUGUAGUUCCUCUUUCAGAGAGACGGUCUUUUCUCCGAAAGAAAACCUCAUAGACUUCUAUGUAUUGUUCAUGUCUUCUUGUUUGUUCAACCUCAUAGACUUCUAUGUACUGUCCAUGUCUUCUAUAUAGUGAAGUAUAUGGGAAUGAGUUUCACCCCUCUUCUUUAUGCUCAUGAGGGUUUGAUCUUUUAAGUGUCAAUGUGAACUCUAAGCAUAUGAAGUUUGGUUAAUACUGAAAUCUAUUUGCGGGUUGUGAUUC